AUAUCUGGGAUGAUCUUAUUCUUAGGAUGGUCUCUUAUCCCAAUAUUCGAUGAGAUGCUCCAACAAAAAUUAGGUCCAUGCAUAGAAUAUAUUUAUAUAGAAUUUCUUUGACCUUACCUUGCAGCUUGGAUUCUCUUUUCUAGUGAUUUCCUUUAACCUUCUAGGAAUUCUGUAUCCAUGCAACCUUAGGAGAACUUUUUCCCCUUCAAAUCAAAAGUAGUAUAGUUUAAUUAAAAAUUUUAUUCUUUGCACAAGGUGUCUAUCCCCUAUUUCGUCCGAACAUCCACGUCUAUCAUAUCGAAACUUUAGCAGCCUCCUUUCAUGGUUGCCAGCUGGUCAUGCUUUCCCAUCCCCCACCUCCCAUGCCGCAAAGCACCAAGCUACCCUGUUCCAGUUCUCACAAGCUUGGAUUUCCACAGAUGCCCUUGUCUCUUGUUCUCCAUCUUGCCCCCACUUCCUCUUCUCUCCCACUCUAUCCAUAGUCCUGCCCGUUGUUGCCCACCCUCGUCUUUUUUGUUGCUAUAUUUACUUCUCUUGCUGCUUUUCUUGGCUUCCUGGGUGUCAUUAGAUUGUGCUUCUAGUCCUUCUCAGCUCUCCAAAGACGGACUAGAAGUUGAUGGCCCCUUCUUAUCUGCAGCACUUUUAGUCUUUUUCUCUCCCCUUUUCUCUCUGUUUUUGAUAAAGUUUAAGGGGUUUUCGGUUUCAUAAGCCAUUGUCUGUUCUGGAGCAUUACAACAAUGAAUUGCUGAAUGAAAAGUUCUUUUGUUGAAGAAGCGACGAUGAACGAAUUGGAGCAUGGCCACGAGGAUUUCUGUUACUUCUUCCACUUGCUGACUGCCAAAGAGAGAAUUCAACCCAUCAUUUAAUAAUUUGUAGUAGCAUACGGUUGUUUGGCCGAUAAGAAUCCCUGGUUGGUUUCUUUCUUUCUUCUUUGAUCAUAUCCUUUAAGAAUUUGUAGUAGCAGACAGUUGUUUGGCCGAUAAGAAUUCCUGAGUCAAAGCUGGCGAUAGUUGACCAGAAACUGAUCAUGGGACUGAUAAUUGUGUUCUUCAGAGCAGCUUUUGGAAGCAUUGGAAGAAAUAUUUUCAGAAUGCAUGGAGAAAUCUGUCUGAGAUCGAGGUAGCCUCUCACAUGCCUUAGAGGUGCUGCACUUUGAGAUCGAGCAGUCUAAGUAUCUGCAAAAAUGGGCGAGUGAUAACAUUGUCCUUCAGAAUAAAUGCCAUGUCAAAAUGUGUGCAUUCCAGGAAGUUCAGACUUUAAAGGAUGAACCUGUGCCAGAUAAAGUCCUUUCAUCUACAAGAUGCAACGACAUAAUGGUUCUAUAGGAGCAUGAGAACAUAUCACACCCUAAAAAAUCAAUAAACGUCGAAAGUCUUCUGAAGUUUUUCUCAAAGAUAGUUUGGUAGGUCUUAGUGGGAAUGGUCGCCCUUCAUAAAGGAACUGGUCUUAGCAGAUUGUGGAAGUCCAGGGAUCAACAAGUUCAGCAGCCAAAGCAUUAUCAACAACAAAAUUCUCAGGGUGGUGGGAAAUGGAGGAAGAAAUUUCUAUUUGUAGGGGUCUUAGUUGGACUUUUGGUAUCUAUUUGGAUAUUUUUAGGCAUGAAUGCAAGCAUUAUUACAAGGAGGAAGGAGACUCUUGCAAACAUGUGUGAUGAGAGAGCACGGAUGUUGCAAGAUCAGUUUAAUGUGAGAAUGAACCAUGUGCAUGCAUUGGCCAUUCUGGUUUCUACUUUUCACCAUGGAAAAAACCCUUCUGCAAUUGAUCAGAAAACUUUUGCAGAAUAUACAGCCAGAACAGCAUUUGAAAGGCCACUGACAAAUACUGUUGCUUAUGCUUUAAAAGUUCUUCAUUCUCAGAGGGAGGAAUUUGAGAGCCAGCAUGGAUGGAAGAUAAAGAAAAUGGAGAUUGAGAAUCAGUCCCCUGUUGAAGAUGAUUUCACGCAUGGGAAGCUUGACCCCUCACCUGAUCAAGAUGAAUAUGCACCUGUUAUAUUCUCCCAGGAAGCUGUGUCUCACGUCAUUUCCAUCGAUAUGAUGUCUGGGAAGGAAGGCUGUGACAGCAUAUUGAGAGCAAGGGCGUCAGGGAAAGGUGUACUGACAUCGCCUUUUAUUCUUUUGAAAGCCAAUCACCUAGGAGUGGUUCUUACAUUUGCCGUAUAUAAUUCCAACCUUCCUCCAGAUGCUACCCUGCAAGAGCGCAUUGAAGCUGCUGUAGGAUACAUUGGUGCAUCAUUUGAUAUCUCAUCUUUGGUGGAGAAGCUUCUUCACCAGCUUGCCAGCAAACAAACCAUUGUUGUGAAUGUGUAUGACACAACUAACUCAUCUGCCCCUAUUAGGAUGUAUGAUCCUGAUGUCACUGGUGCUGGUGAGUGUCAUAUCAGUAAUUUGGAUUUUGGGGAUCCACUUCGUCAGCAUGAAAUGCACUGCAGAUUCAAGCAUGAGCCUCCGCUACCUUGGUCAGCAAUAACGACAUCACUAGGUGUUGCAGUUAUUGUUUUGCUUGUUGGUCAUAUAUUUUAUGCAGCACUGAACCGUAUAGAGAAGGUUGAAGAUGAUUAUUGUGAAAUGAGAGAGCUGAAAGUCCGAGCAGAAGCUGCUGAUGUAGCAAAAUCACAGUUUCUAGCAACGGUUUCCCAUGAGAUCAGAACUCCCAUGAAUGGUGUCUUAGGUAUGCUGCGGAUGCUGAUGGACACAGAACUUGAUGCAACCCAACAAGAUUUUGCAAUUACUGCUCAAGCUAGUGGAAAAGCUCUGAUUGCUCUAAUAAAUGAGGUCCUUGAUCAGGCUAAGAUAGAAUCUGGCAGGCUUGAGCUAGAAGCUGUUCCUUUUGAUGUUCGUGAUGUUCUGGACAAUGUGCUGUCUCUAUUUUCUGACAAGUCAAAGGGGAAAGGCAUAGAAUUGGCGGCAUAUGUGUCUGACUGGGUUCCAGAGAUUCUCAUUGGGGACCCUGGGCGGUUUAGACAAAUCAUCAUGAAUCUUGUUGGGAAUUCAGUGAAGUUCACAGAAGAAGGGCAUAUAUAUGUCUCAGUGCACUUGGUGGAGGAAGUGAAGAGCUCAUGUGAUGUUAGCAACCAAGUCAAAAGAAAUUAUGAGGAUGGUACAGACAUGUCAUAUAACACAUUGAGUGGAUUUUGCAUAGUAGAGAGAUGGAAAAGCUGGGAGAAUAUCAGGAUGUUCAAGAUGCCAACAGAAGCUAGUGAUUCAGUCAACUUGUUGGUGACAGUUGAAGACACUGGUGUAGGAAUACCUCAAGAUGCUCAAAGCCGUAUUUUUACACCUUUUAUGCAAGCGGACAGUUCUACUUCAAGGACAUAUGGUGGAACUGGGAUAGGCUUGAGCAUAAGCAGAUGUUUAGUGGAUCUAAUGGGCGGAGAAAUAGGAUUUGUGAGUAAACCAGGGAUUGGUAGUACAUUUUCUUUCACUGCAGUGUUUCGGGAAGGGCGGAAGAAUGCAGUUGAUAUGAAGAGGCAUCAUCCUGAUCCUCUGUUGGAUUUCCAGGGAAUGAGAGGGCUGGUAGUUGAUGGAAGAAGCAUACGUGCUGAGAUCACAAAAUAUCAUCUACAAAGAUUGGGGAUACGUGUUGACAUUGCCCUUACUCCAAAAUCAGCACUUUCUGCUGUAUUGGAAGCAUGCAAUGCAAAUGGGACAGGGCAUUUGGAUGUGGUGCUUAUUGACAAGGAGGCUUGGGGUGAGCACUCAGGUCUUGCAUUCAUGCACCCUCUUGCAGAGCUCAGGAAAAAUGAUAUGAUGAAACCUCAAGAAAAUCUUCCAAAGAUGUUCUUGUUGGCAACCUCCCUAAGCCCCACUGAGGUUGAUGAUUUGAAGUCAGCAGGAUAUACGGAUACUAUGAUGAAACCCCUUCGCCUAAGCAUGAUUGUUGCUUGUCUUCAAAAAGCAUUAGGUGUGGGAAACAAGAGACAGCGAGAAAAAGGACAAGUCAUGGCACUUCAAAGUCUUCUGAAUGGGAAGCAGAUUCUAGUUGUUGAUGACAAUGCAGUCAACUGCAAGGUUGCUGCAGGUGCUUUGAAGAAAUAUGGAGCUGUAGUUACAUGUGCGGACAGCGGGAAGGCUGCUAUUGAAGUGCUCCAACCUCCUCACAAGUUUGAUGCUUGCUUUAUGGAUGUUCAAAUGCCAGAGAUGGAUGGCUUUGAAGCCACAAGGCAUAUCCGCUCUGUGGAAACUAAAGUGAAUGGGCUGAUCAAGUCUGGAGAAGCAUCAUCCAAGAUGUAUGGGAAUGUUGCUCAGUGGCAUAUACCAAUAUUGGCCAUGACGGCUGAUGUAAUCCAAGCAACACAUGAAGAAUGUAUACGAUGUGGUAUGGAUGAUUAUGUGUCAAAGCCAUUUGAAGAAGAGCAAAUCUACUCUGCUGUGGCACAUUUCUUUGAGCCUGAUACGGUGGAGUCAAUAUCAUAGGAGCUAUUGAUUGCUGAGAUGAGUAUGGUUUUUUGCUAGAUCACUAAUCUGAAUGAUUCAGGUGUUGAAGAGCGGCAAACAGAGCAUGUCACAGGAAGGUCCAGAAAAUAGAAUUUCAUCAGAAAUGAGCUGGAUUCUUUUUGGCUUCCUGAUCUGGCAAUUGAUCUUCUGCAGAAUUAUCUUCAUUAUUUACACCCCUUAAAUCUUAAUAGGCACAUGCACAAACAAUAAUAGAAACAGUUCUUGUUUGUGAGGCCAUAACAAUGUGGUCUCUUCUCCUGUAUAUACAAUUGUUGCAUCGCAUAGGCUUAUAGGUGCAAAGUAUAAAUUUAAACCAGCUA